AUGCCACAGACACGGUCGUCCGGCCCAGCAGCUGAUCAAACGCAGCCACCCCCUCCUAAACGGACCCGGAAGCGAAAGCAGCCGCCAUCCUCCUCAGCCACGCCGACCCUCACCACGCCUUCAACGACCGAAUUCAACGCCAUGAAGGACCAGAUGAACGCGUUGACUACAGCAACGCAGAGUAUCCAGAGAAGCCUGGCUGCCAUCCUACCCCCUGCAGCUACGUCGCAGGCCCCUGCGGGAACGUCCACCACAUCCCCUACGGGUCACCCUACUCUCCCACCAACCCUCCUGGACGGUGCCACAGGGACUCACGCUGACCCAUUGGUGGCAGCAAUUUUAGGUAACGAUCUAGUUAACGAUAAGAGUAAGAACACGUCUACUCCAGACGAGCGCACUGAGACCAUCACCCCACGCUCCCCCUUUCUUCUGUCCUCACCCCUCACACUACCCAGGCUAGCCCUGGCCUUCACCCCCUCCCCUUCCACCCCCUCCACACGCAGCCCCAGCUCCAGCUCAACCACGUCGCAAAGCAUCCCGACGGGGUUCUGCUUUCAAUACCACAAACCCAACGGCCAGUGCUUCAAACACUACAAGCACUACUGUUUCAAAUGCUCGGGGCCACACAAGGCGCCUCUCUGUACCAAAAGCCCCUCCCUCUCCGCCCCGCGUAAACAUUACAUCUUUGCCAGCAGCCACACCCCUGCCUACUCCCGUUGA